AUGGCUGUUUGUUGCCUCCUCUUUAUCUUACUGUUCCUCCCGGAAACUCUUCGCAAUCUCGUUGGCAACGGAAGUAUCUCUCUUGGCGGGGUCUACACCCCUCUCUUACCCGUGGUAGGUAGAUCCCGAAGGAAGAACAAGAUCCAACGCAAUAAGUCUGGCGUCAAGCGAUCAAUCAAUCCUUUUGUCAUCCUCGUAUAUCCCGACGUCGCCAUAACCCUCACCUUUACGGGCGUCGUUUACGCAGUCAACAACACCGUCGUGACGACGGUCGCCUCUUCCUUUGCCAAAGUCUACCCUUGGUUGUCCGAAACCGCCCUUGGUCUGUGCUACCUGCCCACGGGAUUUGGCAUGAUCGUUGGCAGCACACUCACCGGAAAGUUUCUCGAUUGGGACUACGCUCGUAUUAAGAAAAAGGUUGAGGAAUCCGAUGGCGAUAUCUUGUUCCCUAAGGAGUAUGCACGUUUAAGGACCAUGCCGGUGUUACUGGUUCUGUUCUCCGGAGCUGUGAUAGCAUGGGGCUUUUGCGUUGACCGAGGGGUUCAUAUCGCUGUCCCUCUCGUUCUUCAGAUUGUCCUGGGUUAUACGUCGAUUGCUAUUCUCAAUACGACCAUGACUCUCAUGAUCGACAUUCUGCAAACCAGGAGCUCAGCCGCGACAGCAUGUACAAACCUGGUACGAUGCUUGCUGGCAGCCCUCUUGGUGGGUCUCAUCGACAGGAUGACGGCUGCCUUGCGCAUCAGCUGGAGUUAUGUUCUCCUUGGCGGCGUUUGCGCUCUACUUCUCCCCCUCAUGUAUAUAGAAAUGAAGGUCGGGCCAAAGUGGAGAAUGAGGCGAGACUUAAAGUCCGUGGACGACUAG